GAAGGUGGUGUACAUAUAUAUAUAAUAUAUAUAAGUGUAUAAGAGUGCGCGCGUAGCUCGCGUCCGAAGGCGAGCACCACACACACACACCACCGCCAGGGAGUCCCGGUGUGUCGUUCGUCGUCGUCGUCGGGGGAUAUGCACGCGCACGUCAAGAUGUCGUCGGGAGGACACAGCAGUCGUACCAGAACGGUGCACAUAGGUUCGAUUUUUCAGAAGCUUCACGGCCGUUUCGCCGACCCUAUGACACUCUCAAAACUGUCUACCGACAAACGUAUGCUGGACAAGACCUGGAAGCUGAUGGACAAGGUGGUGAAACUGUGUCAACAUCAACGUAUGAACCUGAAAAAUUCACCCCCGUUCAUUCUGGACAUUCUCCCCGACACGUAUCAACGUCUGAGACUGAUAUACAGUAAAUACGAGGAUAGGAUGCAGAUGUUGCACAGUAACGAGCACUUCUGCGUGUUCAUCAACAACCUGAUGAGAAAGUGCAAACAAGCGGUGAAGCUGUUCAAAGAGGGGAAAGAGAAGAUGUUCGACGAGACGUCCCAUUAUCGUCGUAAUCUGACCAAGCUCAGCCUCGUGUUCAGCCACAUGCUGUCCGAAUUGAAAGCCAUAUUCCCGAACGGUGUGUUCGCCGGCCACAAGUUCCGUAUCACGAAGGCGGACGCGGCCGAGUUCUGGAAGGAGAGCUUCGGGAUCAGUACACUGGUUCCAUGGAAAGUAUUCAGGGAUAAGUUGAACGAAGUUCAUCCAAUUAGUUCUGUGCUACAAGCCAUGGCAUUGAAAUCCACGAUAGACCUUACGUGCAAUGAUUAUAUUUCCAAUUUUGAGUUCGAUGUAUUUACAAGGUUAUUUCAACCAUGGUCUACACUUUUACGUAAUUGGCAAAUUUUGGCUGUCACUCAUCCUGGAUACGUAGCUUUCCUCACAUACGAUGAAGUAAAAGCACGCUUACAAAAGUAUUGUAGACCUGGAAGUUAUGUGUUCCGGUUAAGUUGUACAAGGUUAGGACAAUGGGCUAUUGGAUAUGUUACAUCUGAUGGAGACAUCCUUCAGACUAUACCUCACAAUAAAAGUUUAUGUCAAGCCUUGCUUGAUGGAUAUCGGGAAGGCUUUUACUUAUAUCCUGAUGGUCAUAAUGUAAAUCCAGACUUAACAUGGGCAGUACAACCUACACCGGAGGAACAUAUAAGAGUUACUGCAGAACAAUAUGAGCUAUACUGUGAAAUGGGCAGCACAUUCCAGUUGUGUAAAAUUUGUGCAGAAAAUGACAAGGAUGUCAGGAUAGAACCCUGUGGACAUCUACUUUGUACUCCCUGUUUAACGGCUUGGCAGGACUCUGAAGGACAAGGUUGUCCGUUUUGUCGGGCUGAAAUUAAAGGAACUGAACAGAUAGUCAUUGAUCCGUUUGAUCCUCGAAGAACACAUCGACCAGGAACACAUUCAGCGUCCGCUAGUAACGCGUCAACCCCCACACGGGAUCUUGACCCGGACACCGAGGAAAUCAUGGAUCUCUGCAACGGGCAUUGUGGCUCGAUGUGCGACGAUUCGGACGAGUACGAGGAUUCGAGCCCGUCGAACUCGCCGGUCUCGACGCGACGUAUCGUGCCGAGUCCACCGUUACCACCCAGGCGACCGUCCCCAUCCCCGACGCCUAACAGUCACUCGACGAGAACGCGUCACUUGACGGUGCCCAAGGAGAACGCGCCCCCCCCCCCUUCGUCCGCCAUUAAUACGGUGUUUAACUCGAGCGCCGACAAUCAAUUGAACAACAAUCUGAACGAGGCAGGAUAUGAUAUGUUGCAUCGUGCCUCCUCGCCGUCACCAGCUGCACCACCGAUACCGCCAGCGCCGUUCCCGGUGAACAGAGGUCACGUGCGUCGCCCCCAAGGCAAUCACAUAGCGGCGGCGGCAGUGGUGCAACCGCCAACAUUACCCGAAAAACCUAGUCGAUUGAGCGCCGGAGGCGGUUGCGCGUCUUCAACAUCGUCUGGUCAGACGACGUCUGGUAGCAACUCGGUGCCACCUGUCCCGCCACCGUUAUCCGUGCCACGACCGCCGAAGACCUCCGGCAAAGAGCACAAUAGACACCAACAACAAGAUCAUCAUUACGAGAACACGAUCGUGAUACCCGGUACAAGACAGCACGUCGUGAGGAACAUUAAUCUGGAAGCGAAUACAGCUCGAUUGUCCGCCCUAAUGAGAGGUAAGGACGAUCCCACCGGUGGUGGUUCCGCUAAGCCAGAAUCCUCCGCGACAUACGAGAACGUGAACGUCGAGCACAUAACCAAGCUGACGGCUCUCGGAUUCGCGCAAGACGCCGUGAUUAGAGCGCUCUGUAUAACUAGGAACAAUCUUGAAAUGGCAUAUGAUAUACUGCACGGAUUUGCCACGAAAUCGUCUUGACCAGGUAUGCGGUAAAAAUGCAAACCUAAAGCCUCUAGCAACAACAAAAAAUACCAGCAAAAAAACAAAACCAGAACAAAACCCUGUCGUGUAACUACUCAUG